GCGGGAAGCAGCAGGAACGGCAGCAGCUCGUCCGUCGACCCGGAAGCUCUUCCGCCGCCAACCGCGACGCUGCAAGGGGUGUAAACCCGGAAGUGAUUUUCUCGCCCCGGUAGCGGCGGGAUGGAAAGCAAAGGACUUUGAAGACCUGGAAACCCCUAAUUUCGGGAGAGGGUAAUAUCGUGCUGAGGUGCGAGGAGAGGGAAGGACAAUAAAGAACUAGUCGGCAAGAGUUUCUCCGAGUCCAGAGACUCGGGCUCUUGAGGCGCCUUUUGGAAAGCGCGGCCGAACACGCCAGGCGGCUUCUGGUGGCCACCAAGGGUUUUCCUGUCACAGGAAGUUAGGCCCGGCUGCUGGGAAACAGAAGGGAAGGAGGAAUGAGAAAGCGGUGACGGCACCCCGCCCCGCAGGUGACUGUCCCACCCAGUGAGUUGAAUGUAGCGGCCCGGGAGGUGCUCGGCCGCCCUCACGGGUGAGACGAGGAGGAGCGAGAACCAGACUACAGCGAGAGAAAACAGAGGUGGGAGGCUGAACUAUCUCCACAUCUAGUUUCUCCAGGGAUUUCUGUGUUUGUUUUGUAAAACAAUGGGAAAUCCAGAAAACAUAGAAGAUGCGUAUGUUGCUGUUAUUCGUCCAAAGAAUACUGCCAGUCUCAAUUCUCGGGAAUACAGAGCUAAGUCAUAUGAAAUUUUGUUGCAUGAAGUUCCCAUUGAAGGACAGAAAAAAAAGAGAAAGAAAGUUUUGUUGGAAACUAAACUUCAAGGCAACAGUGAAAUAACACAAGGCAUAUUGGAUUAUGUAGUAGAAACCACCAAACCAAUUUCUCCUGCAAACCAGGGUAUUAGAGGAAAGCGAGUGGUACUAAUGAAGAAAUUUCCUCUGGAUGGGGAGAAGAUGGGCAGAGAAGCAGCAUUAUUUAUUGUUCCAUCAGUUGUCAAAGAUAAUACUAAAUAUACGUAUACUCCAGGAUGCCCAAUUUUUUACUGCUUACAAGAUAUUAUGCGAGUCUGUAGUGAAUCCAGCACUCAUUUUGCUACACUUACAGCAAGGAUGUUAAUAGCCUUGGAUAAGUGGUUAGAUGAACGUCAUGCACAAUCUCACUUUAUUCCAGCUUUAUUCCGACCUUCUCCUCUUGAGCGGAUAAAAACUAAUGUCAUAAACCCUGCAUAUGCAACUGAAUCAGGUCAGACAGAAAACUCACUACAUAUGGGCUACAGUGCACUAGAAAUAAAGAGUAAAAUGUUAGCCCUAGAGAAGGCAGAUACUUGUAUUUACAACCCUUUGUUUGGAUCAGAUCUUCAAUAUACAAACCGGGUAGAUAAAGUGGUAAUAAAUCCAUACUUUGGUCUAGGAGCUCCAGACUACUCAAAAAUCCAAAUUCCCAAACAGGAAAAAUGGCAGAGAAGUAUGAGCAGUGUCACAGAAGACAAGGAACGACAGUGGGUAGAUGACUUUCCUCUCCAUCGAAGUGCCUGUGAAGGAGAUUCAGAAUUACUAAACCGUCUUCUCAAUGAAAGAUUUUCUGUCAACCAAUUAGAUAGUGACCACUGGGCGCCCAUUCAUUAUGCAUGCUGGCACAUAACAGAUCAACAAGGAAGAUCCCCUUUAAAUAUUUGUGAAGAAAACAAACAAAAUAACUGGGAAGAAGCUGCAAAGCUAUUGAAGGAAGCCAUUAACAAACCAUAUGAAAAGGUUCGAAUAUACAGAAUGGAUGGAUCAUACCGUUCUGUUGAACUGAAGCAUGGAAAUAAUACCACAGUGCAGCAGAUAAUGGAAGGAAUGCGUCUCUCUCAAGAAACACAGCAAUACUUCACUAUUUGGAUCUGUUCAGAAAACCUCAGCCUUCAACUCAAGCCUUAUCAUAAACCCUUGCAACAUGUUCGUGACUGGCCAGAAAUACUUGCUGAAUUGACUAAUUUGGAUCCCCAAAGGGAAACACCACAGCUUUUCCUAAGAAGAGAUGUGAGACUUCCUUUGGAAGUUGAAAAAAAGAUUGAAGACCCACUAGCUAUUCUUAUUCUCUUUGAUGAAGCCAGAUAUAAUUUAUUGAAGGGCUUUUAUACAGCUCCUGAUGCUAAACUGAUAACAUUGGCAAGUCUACUGUUGCAAAUAGUUUAUGGAAAUUAUGAGAGUAAGAAACACAAGCAAGGUUUCCUAAAUGAAGAAAACCUAAAAUCCAUUGUACCUGUUACCAAACUAAAAAGUAAGGCACCUCACUGGACAAACCGAAUACUUCAUGAAUACAAGAAUCUUAGUACAAGUGAGGGUGUCAGUAAAGAAAUGCAUCACCUUCAGCGCAUGUUCUUACAGAAUUGUUGGGAAAUUCCUACAUAUGGAGCAGCUUUUUUCACAGGACAGAUAUUUACAAAGGCAAGCCCCAGCAAUCAUAAAGUCAUCCCUGUGUAUGUAGGAGUGAAUAUAAAAGGACUUCAUCUCCUCAACAUGGAAACUAAGGCUUUACUCAUCAGUCUUAAGUAUGGUUGUUUUAUGUGGCAAUUGGGGGAUGCUGAUACAUGUUUUCAGAUCCAUAGUAUGGAAAAUAAAAUGAGCUUUAUAGUACACACAAAACAGGCUGGCCUUGUGGUAAAACUAUUAAUGAAGCUAAAUGGACAGUUAAUGCCGACCGAAAGAAAUUCAUGAGAGGAAAGCAGCUGAUACUUAAGCCAACAAAUUUUGUAAUGCAGAUUUUUUUCCAUGAAAGAUUUCUUAAACUAUUACUUUUAACAAGGCAUUUAGUCUCUUGUAAUAUAUAUGUAUACUAUUACAUUGUACAGAAUCUGUACUUCUGUUUGGUGUGUAAUAUACCAGUUAGUUUUAUAUAAUAUCCUCAUAAGCUAUUCUAAUUUUUGAGAGAAACAUGCAAAAAAGUGUAGAUUGAUCACUUGUAUAUUAAUGGACAAAACAGUAUGCUUUAUAAAAGUUAUUUUUCGUAAAUGGUAAAGAAUUUGGAGUGCAAUGUAAUGAAAUUAAAAUAUAGCUUUGGUAUAA